CAAUUUAAAAAGGCGAUGUUGAAGGGUUGAUUUAUUCAGGAGAGGAGAGAAAUAUAUAAAACAGAAACGGAGAGUGAGAUUUGUCUGGAGAGGAAAACUUCCGUCAACCCUCUCUUCUUCACUCUUUGAUCAUCUCUCCUUCACGAGAAUUUGAUCAUUCAAAUCAAUACAACCAGAAAAAAGGGUAUACGUAUAUGUAUACCUAUACGUACACGUAUCCACGGGGUUUGGAUAUUUGAUUGAUCUACAGAUCUAACACAUGUAAACCCCACAUGGGUUUCCUCUAAUUUCUUCAGAUCUCCAUCCUUUUCAUUUGGCAGCUCACCAGAAAAUACACCCCUGAAAAGGCCUAACUUUCAACUGUGAGUCGUCUUUCUUCUUCUUUCUCUACUUUCUAUUUAUCGGUUUAAUCCGUUUUACCUAAUGGGUGUUUUGUACCUUUUUUUUUGUUAAUUGAUUCGUAAUAUCUAUUCAAUUGUCCGACGGGUAUGCGAGAUUCGACUUGACCCGAAAAGAUUCAUCGGAAACUGAACACUGAAAUCAGAGGAGAUUUAGUAGUUAUAGUGUUGUUGACAUCCAUUUUUGGAUGGUGAUAAAUUGGUGUGUUACGUUGUGGUGAAAUGAGGCAUGUUAUCAAGAUUGAUAAAUUUUCUAAAAGCCUGCUGGCGACCUUCAGAUGGUUUGGAUACAGCUGGCAGGCAGGAGGGUCUUCUUUGGUUUAAAGACACUGGUCACCAUUUGAAUGGCGAUUACUCCAUGGCUGUUGUUCAAGCUAACAUGUUGCUUGAAGAUCAAAGCCAAAUUGAGUCAGGUCCUUUGAGCUUUCAUGAUUCUGGUCCAUAUGGAACCUUUGUUGGUGUAUAUGAUGGUCAUGGUGGGCCCGAAACAUCGCGAUAUGUCAAUGAUAAUCUUUUCCAUAAUCUUAAAAGGAUUACAUCAGAACACAAUUCUAUCUCAGUGGAUGUAAUACGAAAAGCAUUUCAGUCAACCGAAGAGGGGUUUUUAUCAAUUGUUGCUAAACAAUGGGCAGUGAAACCACAAUUAGCUUCUGUUGGAACUUGUUGCUUAAUUGGUGUGAUUUGUAAUGGAACCCUUUUCAUUGCAAAUGUUGGUGAUUCACGUGCUGUUUUAGGAAGAACAGUGAAAGCAACAGGGGAGGUUAUUGCUAUCCAAUUAUCAGUGGAACAUAAUGCAAGCAUAGAGUCCAUUAGACAAGAGCUUCACACUUUGCAUCCUGAUGACCCUCAGAUUGUUGUUUUAAAGCAUAAUGUUUGGCGUGUGAAAGGCCUCAUACAGAUAUCUAGAUCAAUAGGUGAUGUAUACCUCAAGAAAGCGGAAUUUAAUAGGGAGCCCUUGUACGCCAAAUUUCGUCUCCGCGAUCCUAUCAAAAAGCCGAUAUUGAGUUCCGAUCCAUCAAUAUCCGUGCACGAAAUCCAACCGUUCGAUCAAUUUCUCAUAUUUGCAUCCGACGGUCUGUGGGAGCAACUCACCAAUCAAGAAGCAGUUGAUAUUGUCCAAAAACACCCUCAUAACGGAAGUGCUAAGAGGUUGUUGAAAGCCGCUUUACAUGAAGCGGCAAAGAAGCGGGAAAUGAGGUAUUCAGAUUUGAAGAAAAUCGAUAGGGGCGUAAGGCGUCAUUUCCACGAUGACAUCACUGUCGUUGUGUUGUUUCUAGAUUCCAAUCUUGUCAGUAAAGCGAGCUCAAAGGGCGGGCCCACGGUGUCCCUGAGGGGCGGUGGCAUCAAUCUGUCGGCAAAAUCUCUCACACCGCUAUCAACCACCUCGUAACUUGUUACUGCCACCAUCAGCCACCAUCUAUUGCUGUUAUCUGGUGAAUCUAUUUAAGGUUAACCCCCACCCGAAGUACCUUAAAGUUGUAGGUUUGAAUCUGAAGAAACAAAGGGUGAAAGAUUUUGGACAUGAUAAGCUUAUUUUGAAGCUAAUCCUUUUUAUUUUAUUAACAUUUGUUACCAUUGUAUUUCGUUAUUUCUGUGUAAGUAAGAAUAACAACUGGGGUUAUGUUAUGAAUGUCCAUUUUCGUCCAUGUUAUUUAUGUCGAAG